AUGAGAAAUGCAACCUCGGAGCGCGACGAUGCCGAGGAAAAGCUCAAGGGCAUUGCGAAGAACAAACGUGAACGCCAAAUCGCAAUUAAAUGCGAAGAGCGAGAGGCCUUGUACCCCAAGGCGAAAUGUUGGGAUGGUCCUGACAAAUGUGUUCCGUGCCUUGAAGAGGGACUCCUAUAUAGGGAGUUCCUAAAUAUCCAGGAUGAAAGUAUACAGCGACUCAUGCAGAGAGAACUUUGA